AAGAAGGGUACGUAAAGGAAGAAGAUGAAGAGUUGGGGAAGGAUAAGAUCGAUUUUUAUGCACGCCGACGGUGUGGAUCGGAUGUUGAUGGGAUUAGGGUUAAUCGGAGCCGUCGGUGAUGGCUUCAUUACUCCUAUUAUAUUUUUCAUCAUGGGCUUACUACUGAAUGACUUCGGUGGCUCUUUCAGCGAUGGAACGUUCAUGAAAGUCAUCUCCAAGAAUGCUGUAGCUUUGCUUUAUGCGUCUUGUGCAUCCUGGGUACUAUGUUUCCUUGAAGGAUAUUGUUGGACAAGAACAGGGGAGAGACAAACAGCAAAGAUGAGAGAAAAAUAUCUAAGAGCAGUGUUAAGACAAGAUGUAGGUUACUUUGAUCUUCAUGUCACAAGUACUUCUGAUGUUGUCACUAGUGUCUCUAGUGACAGCCUCGUGAUCCAAGACGUCCUCAGUGAAAAGUUACCAAACUUUGUGAUGAAUGUAUCUGCCUUCGUUGCAAGCUACAUCGCGGGUUUCACCAUGCUGUGGAGAUUCACAAUCGUAGGCUUUCCUUUCAUAAUCCUCCUCUUGAUCCCUGGACUUAUGUACGGACGAGCCCUCAUCAGCAUCUCAAGGAAGAUACGCGAAGAGUACAAUGAGGCUGGUUCUAUUGCCGAGCAAGCCAUCUCGCUGGUGCGAACUGUCUAUGCGUUUGGUAAUGAGAGGAAAUUAAUAUCGAAAUUCUCAGCUGCACUUCAAGGCUCGGUGAAACUAGGGCUGAAACAAGGACUAGCUAAAGGAAUCGCCAUUGGGAGUAAUGGUAUUACUUUUGCCAUUUGGGGGUUCAUGACUUGGUAUGGAAGUCGGAUGGUUAUGUACCAUGGCGCAAAAGGCGGUACUAUCUUUGCAGUCAUCGCAUGCAUCACCUAUGGUGGCACAACACUCGGCCGAGGUUUGUCCAAUUUCAAAUACUUCUCGGAGGGGAUUGUAGCAGGGGAGAGGAUAUCCAAAGUGAUAAAAAGAGUUCCUGAUAUUGAUUCAGACAACUUGAAAGGUCAGAUUUUAGAGAAAAUGAAAGGAGAAAUCCAGUUUAAGCACGUGAAGUUUGUGUACCCGUCUAGACCUGAGACUCCAAUCUUUAAUGAUUUAUGUUUGAGAAUUCCAUACGGGAAAACUGUGGCUCUGGUUGGUGAAAGCGGAUCAGGAAAAUCAACCGUGAUAUCCCUCUUGCAGAGGUUCUAUGACCCAAUGGGUGGAGACAUUCUCAUUGAUGAUGUAUCCAUUGAUAAGCUGCAAGUGAAGUGGUUGAGGUCUCAGAUGGGUCUAGUUAGCCAAGAGCCAGCGCUCUUUGCCACAUCGAUAGAGGAAAACAUAAUAUUUGGUAAAGAGAACGCGUCCAUGGAUGAAGUAGAGGAAGCUGCAAAGGCCUCAAAUGCUCAUAAUUUCAUUUCUCAGUUUCCUGAUGGUUACAAAACUCAGGUUGGAGAAAAAGGAGUGCAAAUGUCAGGAGGUCAGAAGCAGAGGAUCGCAAUCGCACGUGCAAUAAUCAAAUCACCAAAAAUUCUCCUUUUGGACGAGGCAACAAGCGCAUUGGACUCAGAAUCAGAAAUGGUAGUCCAAGAAGCCUUAGACAAUGCCUCUGUUGGCCGUACAACUAUUGUUAUUGCACAUCGACUCUCCACUAUUCGUAACGCUGAUAUUAUCUGUGUGGUCCAUAAUGGUCACAUUGUAGAGACUGGAUCACACGAAGAGCUCAUGGAGAAUUUGGACGGUCAAUAUACUUCUCUAGUCCGCUUACAACAGAUGGAGAAGAAAGAGUCAGAUGUCAACAUCAACGUAACUGUGCAAGGGCAUAAACUCUCGAUUUUGAGUAAUGAUUUGAAGUAUAGUCCAACACUUUCUACUCAAAGCCGGUCUAAGGCACCAAGCAUUAAUACCAAUCUUCCUGGUUCGAUACCUAAGGAUAAGAAGCCACCUGUGCCAUCGUUUAAGAGAUUAAUGGCGAUGAAUAAACCAGAGUGGAAACAUGCAUUGUAUGGUUGCUUAAGUGCAGCCUCAUAUGGGGCCAUACAACCACUUUAUUCAUAUGCUUCAGGAUCAAUGGUGUCAGUGUAUUUCCUAACGAGCCAUGACGAGAUCAGGGAGAAAACAAAGGUCUACGUGCUGUGUUUUGUUGGUCUAGCUCUAUUCACUUUCUUCAUCAAUAUUAUUCAACACUACAGUUUUGCUUACAUGGGUGAAUACCUAACAAAACGUAUCCGAGAAAAGAUGCUCUCGAAGAUAUUGACCUUUGAAGUCAGUUGGUUUGAUGAAGACGAGAACUCAAGCGGUGCGAUUUGUUCUAGACUAGCAAAAGAAGCUAACUUGGUAAGAUCACUGGUUGGUGAACGAGUGUCACUGUUGGUACAAACCAUAUCGGCAGUGGCCACAGCUUGCACACUUGGUUUAGCCAUUGCUUGGCAAUUAGCCAUUGUGAUGAUUGCUGUGCAACCACUUGUCGUUGUGUGCUUCUAUGCACAACGCAUUCUGCUCAAAAGCAUAUCCAAAAAGGCAAUCGAAGCCCAAGAUGAGAGCAGCAAACUAGCAGCAGAAGCCGUCUCCAACAUCCGAACCAUCACAUCUUUCUCAUCACAAGAACGGAUCUUGAAACUACUCAAAAGGGUUCAAGAAGGUCCACGUAGAGAAAACGUACGCCAAUCAUGGCUAGCAGGGAUUGUUCUAGGGACUACCCGGAGCCUCAUAACAUGCACUUCGGCUUUGAGUUUCUGGUACGGUGGUAAACUAAUCGCUAGUGGCAAGAUCUUAUCAAAAGCAUUCUUUGAGAUGUUUACCAUCUUUGUGAGCACGGGUCGGGUUAUUGCUGAUGCUGGGACCAUGACGACGGAUCUAGCCAAGGGCUCAGAUGCGGUUGGGUCAGUGUUCGCAGUGUUAGACCGUUGCACAACCAUUGAGCCGGAAAACCCAAAUGGUUAUCUCCCUGAAAAGAUAAAGGGCCAAAUCAGUUUCCACAAUGUGGAGUUUGCUUAUCCAACACGACAAGAUGUGAUUAUAUUCAAGGACUUCUCCAUUGAGAUUAACGAGGGGAAGUCAACGGCCAUCGUUGGUCCAAGUGGGUCAGGUAAGUCCACAAUAAUAGGCUUGAUAGAGCGGUUCUAUGACCCGUUAAAGGGUACUGUGAGAAUCGAUGGCCGCGAUAUUAAGUCAUACCAUUUGAGAGCUCUUCGUCAACAUAUAGCUCUAGUUAGCCAAGAGCCAGCAUUGUUCUCCGGAACAAUUCGAGAGAAUAUCUUGUACGGAGGAGCAUCAGACAAGAUCGGCGAGUCGGAGAUCAUCGAGGCAGCUAAGGUAGCUAACGCUCACGAUUUCAUCAUAUCACUAUCUGAUGGUUAUGACACAAACUGUGGAGACCGAGGAGUACAAUUGUCCGGUGGUCAAAAACAGAGGAUCGCGAUCGCUCGGGCUGUGUUGAAGAACCCAUCAGUGUUGCUUCUAGAUGAAGCAACAAGUGCUUUGGACAGCCAAUCAGAGCGUGUGGUGCAGGACGCGCUCGAGCGCGUGAUGGUCGGGAGGACGAGCGUCGUGAUCGCACAUAGGCUAAGUACGAUACAAACCUGCGACGCUAUAGCCGUUUUGGACAAAGGGAAAGUGAUCGAAUGUGGGAACCACUCGUCCUUGUUUGCAAAAGGUCCCACGGGUGCUUAUUUCUCAUUGGUCAGUCUCCAAAGAAAUCUAUGUUGAUGAAGAUCAAAUUUAUCAGUACAUCUCUU